AUGGCGCGGUUGGAGCUGGGCCUCGACGAGGACUUUGACAACACAGGAGACGGGCAACUCAAAGUCCCCGGGUUCUGCUACUAUCAUCAGUUCGAGCUGGACACCGAGGAAAGAUUCCGUCAUGGAGCCAAUGAUUUCCAACAGUCACCUCGCUUGACCGCCAGAGAGGUGGCCAUGUUGGGAGUCAUGAACGCCUUGACCGACAAGCCAGACUGGCAUAAGAAAGUCUUCGACGAUGAGAUCGUUGCGAAGUGGAAGCAGGAGGCUUGUGCUAUCCCUCUCAUCAGCGAUAUGGCGUGGGAUUGGUGCCUGGCUGAGCUGCGGGACAAGGCCAAGCGAUUUGAGAGGAUCGGUCGGGUCCUUGUCCUCGAUGCCGGAUCGAGGCUUUCCAAGUCUGAUCAGCGAGUACCAGAGUCCCUCAGACAAGAACUGAAGGAUGCUGUCAGACCAUUACUCAACCGACCCGAUGAUGAGCGGGACUGGCACCCUGGCUCGGACGACAAGGUGCUCAACCUCGUGCAUCCGUCUCUUUUCCCCUUAGUAUACGGGAGAACAAAAGUUCUGGUCAACGGAGGCAAAGUGCCUCUCGACUUUGCCAAUGUUGAAGGACUUGAAGGUGCAGAAAUCGCGCCGCAUCUUACAGCUACAUCUCAGCCCUCACGUCCCCUCCAUGGCGACGGUACCCACGGGGGCAUGUGGUCCAAGGAAUUCCAAUGGCUUCCCUGCGAGGUUGAGUUUACUGAAGAUACUGGCACCAACGUUCAUAUCUCUUCCUAUGUUAACAAUCUUCAUCCCGCACAUCAUGCCGAAGUAUACACGGCAAUCGAGAAAGUCAUUGCGCUUGCAAUUGCACCUUGGAACGAAGUCCUCGUUCACGGGUAUCACGGGCGGGCGCCACCACGCAUACGGACAUACGGAGCCGAAUUCGGACCGGGGCUACCGGAAUGGUGUGAGGGGCUUGAUGAAAUUACAAGAAACUGGGAAACCAACCCGGAGGCCUAUGAGGCGGCUAAAAAGCGGGUACUGGAUUACAUGGGCAAGCCGGACACCGCCACUGAUGACACCGCGGAUGAAGAAGAUCUGAUGCAAGAAGAGUCCGAUGACGAGUCCGAGAUCGAUGUGGAAGAAUACGGACUCUCGGGGGCCGCGGAUGAGUUCUACCGGCGGAACAUCCGAAAGGUCAUCCACCCUGAGCCAGGGGUCUCGUUUUCCUAUGCGCAGUGGAAAGCCGGGCUGACUGGCAAUGCGGUCGUGCCGAAGUACCGAUCCUUCAGUUUCCCCGAUGCGCUUGAAGAUAGCAGUGGGGACGAUCAUGAUUACUACUCGCUUCGCAUCCAGGACGACUUUCGCGAUGAAGGGCUGCAGGUGAUCAUCAAGCUCUCCAGCAUCGAGCUGACGCCAGGAAAGCCGAAAUAUGAGGGAGGCAACUGGCACAUCGAAGGCAUGUUGAAUGAGCAUAUCGCAGCCACAGCUCUCUACUACUACGACGUUGAUAACGUGACGGAUGCGAAGAUUUCGUUCCGCACUGAAGCGGAGCUGGAUGGCAUGGAAAUGAGAUAUGAGCAGGAUGAUCACGCCCCUCUGGCUGAAAUAUUCGGCAUCGCCUCCCGAUAUCUCCGAGAUGAGCGACCUUUCCAAAACAUCGGUUCCGUCACCACGCCCCAGGGCCGCCUUCUCGCCUUCCCCAACACGCUCCAGCACAAGGUCGAGCCAUUCGAGCUGGUCGACAAGACGAGGCCGGGUCACCGGCGGUUCCUCGUUCUCUGGUUGGUGGACCCGCAUUACCGCAUCUGUUCGACACGCAACGUGCCGCCGCAACAGGAGUCGUGGUGGGACGGGAAUGAGACCAAGCCAGAAUCUGGCACUGAUGCUUUGGGCGCUGCGACUUCGGACAGUGAGGUGGCCAAUGGUCGGAUGUCGGUCGAGGAGGCGAAGGAGUUGAGGCUGAAGCUGAUGGCUGAGCGGACAAAAAAACAGAAGCACAUGGAGAGCUGGUCAGAGCAGUAUAACUUCUGUGAGCACUGA